AUGUCCUCUCUAGCUCUCUCCCAGCUGCUCCUGGCCAUGACUCUUCCCCUGCUGGAGUUGGAGUCAACAGCCCAGUCAGAGCUCAGUCCAUCUGGAGGGAAAUCUGGGCAGCAACUGAACCAGUACAAUGGAGUAGGGGAAUCAGUGCUGGUCUCCAGCUAUGUACAUCUGGAAUUUUCAAGCAGAGCCUGGCCACAGAAGCUCUUUGAGAAAUUUACUCUUUCUACUGCCUUGGCAUUCCUUCCCCCAGGAAUGCUUACUGGCCUCGGCCUUACAACAAAAUGUCAUGCUAACCACAAUGGGACUAGCUUCUGCAUUUGCCACCCUGGCUACCAAUGGAACGCCACGCUUUGCUCCCUUUACCCAACCUGCCGGAGCCACAGGUCAGAAAGAGAUCCCUGUAUAUGUCGCAGCUUCCACGGGCCUGUUCCUGGUUACUGCCAGUUGCUGCCACCUGUUCCUGCGAACCUGACACUGGAUUCCCAGCUACAAACACAUGGGGACACCCUGAACUUCAUUCUCCUCAAGAAAGAGGAGGCUACAAACCUGAGGUGGUUCUUGAGACGUGAUAAGAACUCCAGACCCAUCUUCCUAUUGCCGGGGACCAAUGUGUUGCAGAUGUCCAAUGAGAGCCAGGCUGGCCUUCGUGUUGCCCGCAUGUCCCGUCACUGGGCAGGUGAGUACGAGAGCAUCUUCGAGGCCCAGGGAUUCAGGUGGAGGCUUCGGAAGGUGGUGAGGGUGCCCUUGGAGGAGGAAGAAGUGGUUCGACUUCCAGAUGCGCUGUCCAUCUCCUGCGCUGCCUCCACUGGCUUCCAGCUGAGCUGCUGCAUCCCGCUUACCAACUUAACCUACACUGCUACCUGGAGUCCUGGGGAGGACGGCCAAGCCUCCUUGCAAAAACAGUUGGAUUCCCAGUGCUUUGUGCUAGCUGUCCAGCGCUGCCCAGCAGCCAAUACCACAUAUACCUGUACCCUGCAGAGUCAGAACCUGGCUCCUCUCGUGGCUCCUGUCUCUGUCACAGUCAUCCAGGACGGAGACACUACCUGCCCUGAAGGUAACUCCUCCAUGGUUACCUGGAAUGUCACCAAGGCUGGCUUCGUGGCACAGGCCCCAUGUCCUGUGAAUAAGACAGGGGUGGUAAAGAGGCUCUGUGGGACUGAUGGCAUCUGGGGACCAGUCCAGAACAGCUGCACAGAAGCAAAGAUCCUAAACUUGUGUCUUAAAGCCAAGCUGCUGCUGGAAGGCCAGGGAAAGCCUGAUGAGGAGGUGCCAAAGAUCUUGAAAGAGCUGCAAGGGCAGGUGGGGGUGGCCAGCACCCCCUCUGACUUAUGGGAAAUGCUGCACACUGUGACCUUACUGGCCAAGGUGGUAGCAGAGAGAAGCACAGAGCUUACAGACAGUGCUCUGAAGGACCUCCUGACAACCACAGACAAGAUUCUAGAUGUGAACAUCAGCUCUCUGUGGACUCUGGCCCAGGCCCAGGAGCCCUCGAUGGGGUCAGAUUUCCUGAAGGCUGUGGAGACCCUGGUCCACAGCUUGAACCCACAACGGCAUCCUUUCUCCUUCAGCUCACCUAACGUGUUACUGCAGAGCCAGCUCCUCAGACACUCCUCUCCUCCUGGCUACCAAAUGUCCUUCUCCACCUGGCCCCUCCUGCAGGCACAGAUUUCAUGGCAUUCACUGGCCCCAUUGGUCCAUAAUGGAACUAAUGUCAGCAUUACUAGCCUAGUACUGCAAAAGCUGGACUACCGGCUACCCUCAAACUAUACACAAGGGCUGUGGAACACCCCAUAUACCACUCCUGGGCUGAUCCUUGUGGUCUCCAUCACGGCAGAUGGCCAGGCCUUCACGCAGGCAGAGGUUAUCAUGAACUUUGAAGACAUGAAUGGAACCCUGCACUGUGUCUUCUGGGACCACAAUGUCUUCCAGGGUCAGGGAGGUUGGUCAGAUGAAGGGUGUGAGGUACAUGCAGCCAACUCCAGCAUCACUCAGUGUAUUUGCCAGCAUCUCACAGCCUUUUCCAUCCUCAUGUCCCAACACACUGUCCCAGAAUGUCCCAUCCUGGACCUGCUGAGCCAGGUGGGUGUUGGAGCUUCCAUCCUGGCUCUGCUUGUCUGCCUGGUUAUUUACAGGCUAGUGUGGAGAAUGGUGGUCCGGAACAAAGUCGCCUUCUUCCGCCACACUGCCCUAUUUAACAUGGUGAUCUGCUUGCUGGUUGCAGACACAUGCUUCCUGGGAAACCCAUUCCUUCCUUCAGGGUACCACAGCCUGAUCUGCGUGGUCACCACUUUCCUGAGUCACUUUUUCUACCUGGCCACCUUUUUCUGGAUGCUGGCACAGGCCCUGGUGCUGGCCCACCAGCUGCUUUUUGUCUUCCACCAUCUGUCCAAGCACUUAGUUCUCUCACUGAUGGUGAUACUGGGCUACCUGUGCCCACUGGGGUUUGCAGGUGUCACUCUAGGCAUCUACUUGCCUCAAAGGAAAUACCUGUGGGAGGAGAAAUGCUGGCUGAACAGAGAUGGAGUCGUGCUGUACACCUUCAGCGAGCCAGUGCUGGCCAUCAUUGGUGUCAACGGGCUGGUCCUUGUCAUUGCUGUGCUGAAGCUGCUGAGACCUUCGCUGUCAGAGGGGCCCACAGUGGAGAAACGCCAAGCCCUUGUGGGGGUGCUUAAAGCCCUGCUUAUUCUCACGCCCAUCUUUGGUCUCACUUGGGGACUGGGCGUGGCCACUCUGUUUAAUGGCUCCAUAGUCUCUCACUACUUCUUUACCAUUCUCAACAGCCUCCAGGGUGUCUUCAUCUUAGUGUUCGGCUGCCUCACAGACAAGAAGGUCCUGGAGGCCUUGCGCAAACGACUGCAAGGCAGUCAGUUCUCCAACUCUGCUAUCUCCAUGGUCACAAAUGAAACCUACCCCUCAGAACACAGCAAAGAAGGAAGUGAGCAUGCCAGUUAUGAAGAAAGGAUGGCUGAUUGACAGGAACCUGUGAUCUCCCAGACAAUGAAGAUGAAAGACAACUCUGUUUCUUUAGGGGACAGAAUUUAGUUACAAAGCUCUUAGUAGUAUAAACUGCCUCUAAAAUAUAGUAAAAGAGGUCAUUUACUCAUCUAUGAAGAGGUACAUAUACAGCAUAGAAAAAAAUCCACAGUGAAUUCAACUAUUCAAAAGAUGACUGGAAAUUCAACAACAGUGAAACUUCUGACAAUACUCUUAAACAGGUAGGAAAUAAAAAUACAUUUGCUCAGGCUAACAAGGGAGGAACCCAGUCAUUUUGUAUUACUGACUAUAAAAAGUACAAUUGUAAAAAAGUAAUGUCAGACUUUGGGAUGUACUUUACAAUAUACUUCCAAGUUUAUAUUUACUUAUAUAGCUACAAUAAAAAGUUGAUCACACAUGAGCCUGUGUGUUUCAUAGCAGAACAGUAAAAUCAAUCGCGACUUUAGAACUUCCACUUAGAGAAUAUGAAUGGUCUGUUUUCUUAUCCAACGGUCUGUGAUCUUAUCCAAGAUUUGCGAGUGGCCAAAAUGUCUCUGAAGCAGCUAUAAGUUUAUACCAAUCUUUAUAUGAUGCUUUUACAACAUAUACAGUGUUCUAUAAUAGCCAGGCAUGAUGGUGCGAGUUUUUAAUCCCAGAAACAGACCUGAGGCCAGCCUUGUUCUUUUUUUUUUUUUUUUUUUUUUUCCAUUUUCUGUGUUUAUAGAUGUUUUUCUGCAUGCACGUCUGUGUAUCACAUAUGUGCAGUACCUAAGAGGCCAGAAGAGGGAGUCAGAUCACCUGAACUGGAGUUAUCAAUAGUUUGAGCCACCAUCAAAGGGCUGGGAAUCAAACCCAGCUCCCUGGAGGAGCAGCCAGAGCUCUAGAUCACUGAGCAUCUACUUCAGCCCCUUGUUUGCAUCGUUUUAAGGUUUGGGAAAAGGUGAAGUCCUUUUUCUUCUAACUUAAAAAAAUCAAUAUAGAAUAUACAUAUCAGAGAAAUGUGUAUGGAAACAAAGAGGCACAUUUGACUGACACUUGAAAGUGAUAGGAUUAAGCUAAGGCAAGACAGACAGAAGAGUAAGAAGACAGGACAAUCAGACAAGUAAUAAAACUCACAGGGAGUGGCAGGCUUUUGAGAAAAUGUUACAUAAAAUCAGUGAAAAGUUUCUGGUAAGUCAGUAUUUCUAAUUUACAAGAUCUAUAGGUAUUUUUAUAAAAUGGUAUGGAAACAUUUGCUGUUAAGAAACAACUGGAGAGCCAGUGAGAUGGCUCAGCAGCUUGUGAGCCUGUCAUACCGAGUUUGAACAUCAGAACCCACAAAUGGUAGGAGAAAACUGACUCCCCAGAGUUGCCCUCUGACCUCUGCCUGAGUGUCAUGGUAUGCACAUGCCCACUCCCACACAAAUACAUAAACUUAACAAAAAAUAGACAUAAAUUAAUAUAUGUUCUCUACAGAUGCUGAGGAGGCUUCCUUCUUCCCUUCUUGAGUGUGCUUUGGCAGACGGGGGAUUUCCUUUUCCUUCCCAAGCAAUAACACAUAACCAAUGCAUACUGUGCUGGUAACAACCACACAUUAGAACCAGUGCAUGAAACAACAUUAAGCCUUCACUUGGCUCUCACCAUUAAAAAAAAAACCCUCAGAAGAUAAAAGAAGUCCUCAGAGAUAAAUAAAACAUUUCAAAGUUGGCUUAAAAGGUAAGUGGGUGAGUAGGUAAAUGUCCAAAGGCCUUGCACAACCCAGUGUCCAGUACACAAAACUCAAGCAUAUGGAAAGAGCAGUUAGAAUACAUCAUAUGUGGGGCUGCCAUAUGACCAGUAACAAGGGGAACUUCCGUUGAGCUACAGAGCUAAGCCAACAGAGCUUGCAGGCUACAUCCCACUGUGUGAUUUUGGAUUGUACAAAUAUGUUCUAAAAAGGAGAGGGAUUAAAGUGUUAACGAUGGCUCCAAGGUUUUUAUUGUUGUUGUUUUGAAACAGUAACUCAUUAUGUAGCUUUGGC